AAGCAGCAAGCCGCGUACUUCCCGCGCGGCGAAUUCCGAGACCCGCCCUUUCCGGAAGUUCUGACGCUCAGUGCGCCCCGGGCAAUGUGAUUGACAGUGUAAUCAUCCGGUCCGUUAUCAAACCCGUCACCCAGGAAACAGAGACCCGAUCUUUCCGGAUCCGCGCUCUCCCAGCAUCCUUUGCCUUCCGGUAUGUGUACCCGUCCGGCUAGUCCCGCCUAGCGCGCCCAUUUCGAGCCGAAGUUUCCAGCUCGGGUUUCCUUGCUCAGAAUUUUCCAGGAGUGGGUCUUUGGCCAGUGGCUCUGGGAGCAGUAAUGGCGCAGCUAGAGGGUUACUAUUUCUCGGCUGCGUUAAGCUGUACCUUUUUAGUGUCUUGCCUCCUUUUCUCCGCCUUCAGCCGGGCGCUGCGAGAGCCCUACAUGGACGAGAUCUUCCACCUGCCUCAGGCGCAGCGCUACUGUGAGGGCCAUUUCUCCCUUUCCCAGUGGGAUCCCAUGAUUACUACAUUACCUGGCUUAUACCUGGUGUCAGUUGGAGUGGUCAAACCUGCCAGUUGGAUCUUUGGAUGGUCUGAACAUGUUGUCUGCUCCAUUGGUAUGCUCAGAUUUGUUAAUCUUCUCUUCAGCGUUGGCAACUUCUAUUUACUAUAUUUGCUUUUCCGCAAGGUACAACCCAGAAACAAGGCUGCCUCAAGUAUCCAGAGAGUCUUGUCAACAUUAACGCUAGCAGUAUUUCCAACACUUUAUUUUUUUAACUUCCUUUAUUAUACAGAAGUGGGAUCUAUGUUUUUCACUCUUUUUGCGUAUUUGAUGUGUCUUUAUGGAAAUCAUAAAACUUCAGCCUUGCUUGGAUUUUGUGGCUUCAUGUUUCGGCAAACAAAUAUCAUCUGGGCUGUCUUCUGUGCAGGAAAUGUCAUUGCACAAAAGUUAACUGAGGCUUGGAAAACUGAGCUACAAAAGAAAGAAAACAGACUUCCACCUAUUAAAGGACCAUUUGCAGAAUUCCGAAAAAUUCUUCAGUUUCUUGUGGCUUAUUCUAUGUCCUUCAAAAACUUGAGUAUGCUUUUCCGUCUGACUUGGCCAUACAUCCUUCUGGGAUUUCUGUUUUGUGCUUUUGUAGUACUUAAUGGUGGAAUUGUUAUUGGCGAUCGGAGUAGUCAUGAAGCCUGUCUUCAUUUUCCUCAACUGUUCUACUUUUUUUCAUUUACUCUCUUUUUUUCCUUUCCUCAUCUCCUGUCUCUUAGCAAAAUUAAGACUUUUCUUUCCUUAGUUUGGAAACGUAGAAUUCUGUUUUUUGUGGUUACCUUAGUCUCUGUGUUUUUAGUUUGGAAAUUCACUUAUGCUCAUAAAUACUUGCUAGCAGACAAUAGACAUUAUACAUUCUAUGUGUGGAAAAGAGUUUUUCAAAGAUACGAAAUUGUGAAAUAUUUGUUAGUUCCAGCCUAUAUAUUUGCUGGUUGGAGUAUAGCUGACUCAUUGAAAUCAAAGUCAAUUUUUUGGAAUUUAAUGUUUUUCAUAUGUUUGUUCAUUGUUAUAGUUCCUCAGAAACUGCUGGAAUUUCGCUACUUUAUUUUACCUUAUGUCAUUUAUAGGCUUAAUGUACCUCUGCCUCCCACAUCCAGACUCCUUUGUGAACUGAGUUGCUAUGCAGUUGUUAAUUUCAUAACUUUUUACAUCUUUCUGAACAAGACUUUUCAGUGGCCAAAUAGUCAGGACAUUCAAAGGUUUAUGUGGUAAUAUCAGUGAUAUUUUGAACUGUAAAAGUGGACUUAAUAAUUAGACCCUUUCUGCAAUGAACAACUGAAUAGAUAGAAAUUAUAAACUUUCUUUCUGGUACAACGGUGAUUACAUUAGAUAUUUUUAUAUCUGUUUUAAACAUAUAUAAGAAAUUAAGUGGCAGAGCACUGAGAGAGCUUAAGACCUGCUUGAAAAGCCUGAAUAAUGGGAAAAUAAAAUUGUUUUCAGUUAUCUCAUAUCUCUCUAAUAAUGUUGGCCCCUCAAAAAGCUUGGGAAUGUUUUGUAUGUUCAAGUUUAUUAAAACUGGGUAUGCUUCAUAUUACUGGAACUAAUUUAUUCUCUCCAGAGAGAAAUAUUAGGUUGGUGCAAAAAUAAUUGUGGUUUUUGCCAUUGAAAGUAAUGGCAAAACCACAAUUACUUUUGCACCAACCUAAUAACAAAGUAUUAGCAGAUAUUUAACAAAAAUUAUCAGGUGAUUAUCUUGAUUGAAAAGUUGCUUAACAUUUCAGUAAAUAUAAUUUGAAAUCUAGGUCAAAAUAGACAUGCAUAGAUAGUAAAUAAUAGAAACUCAUAUAUGUCUAUCUAGGCAUCAAAUUGUUGGUUAUUGUUUAAAAUCUAUAAAUGAUGAAGCUCUUUCAUUAAUUCCUACUAUGGAGGGUAUGAUGGCCAAAGACAAAUUGUGUUGAUAAUACCCUUAAAAGGGAGAUUUUCUUUCUGAAAUACAUAUUGUAUUAGUUUCCCAUGGCUCCCAUAAUAAAUGACCUCAAACUUGGUUGCUUACAACAAUUUUCCUCACAGUCUGGAGGCCAGAAGUCUGAAAUCAAAGUGUCAGCAGCGUUGGUUUCUUCUGGAGGCUCUAAGGAAUAAUCCAUUUCAUGUCUCUCUCCUAAUAUCUUGUGGCUGUCUGCAAUUCUUGGAGUUACUUGGCUUAUGGACAAAUCUUGUCCAAGGAUUGCAGACCACAGUCUUCACUCCAGUCUCUGCCUCUGUGUUCACAUGGCCUUUCUCCCUGUCUUUUCUUUAUUACCUUUUAAAGGCUGUCUUUGAAUUGAGGGCCCACCUUAAUCUAGGAUGAUUGUGUGGAGAUCCUUAAUUAUGUGUAUAAAGACCCAUGUUCCAAGUAAGUUCAUAUUCACAGGUUCUAUGAAUCCAUGUCUUUUCAUGGGAUACUUUUAAAAGACAUUUUAGGAUAAUCCUCGUAUAAUUGUUAGGAUGAAUGGAUAGGAGACUAUCUUUUUACAUUUUUAAAUUAUAUAUCAACGAAUUAUAGUUGUAUAUGCUUAUGAGGUACAAAGUGGUGUUACCAUUUCUGAAUAUAAUGUGGGAUAGUUAAAUAAAGCUAAUUAACCUAUCCAUCACCUAAAAUAUUUGACAUAUUUUGUGAUGAAAACUUUUGAAAUUUACUCUCAGCAGUAUUGAAAUGUACAGUGCUUAAUUAUUAGCUGUAUUCACCGUGUUUUGUAAUACUUCUAAAAAAAAUCAAACAUAUUUCUUCUAUCUAAUUGAAGCUUUGUGUCUUUUGAUUAUCAUCUCCCCAUUCCCACUUCCCUGGCCUCUAGUAACCAUCAUUCCUCUCUCUCAUUCUAUGAGUUUAAUUGCUUUAGAUUACACAAAUAAGUGAGAUCAUGUGGUUGCCGUUUUUGUGCUUGGCUUAUUUCACUUACCGUAAUGUCCUCCAAGUUCAUCCAUAUUGUUACAAAUUACACAAUUCUACCUUUUUAAAGGCUGAGUAUUUUAUUUUGUAUCUGUGUAUAUACAUGCCAUAUUUUCUUUAUCCAUUCAUCCAUGAUGGACACUUACAUUGACUGAAUAACUUGGUUAUUGUGACUUGUCUGCAAUGAACAUGGAGUGCAGACUUCUCUUUGACAUAUGGAUUUCAAAUAUUCUGGAUAAAUGCCCAGAAGUGGGACUGUUGGAUCAGGAGAUAUCUUAGCUGAUAUCUUUUAAAUAACUCUCAGUAUCUUUACUGAGAGGUUAAAAAAUAAAUGACUUUUGAGGUAAUAUAAAGCUAAAGGGGACUAGUGUUUGAUUCUAGUAUCAGAAAAAAAAAAGUUAGAAUUGAAAGAAAGUUGAGAAUUCAUUUGGUCUGACCUUAUUUUGUAGAUGAGGGAAGAACUGCUAGGAUAGGAUUAUUUUGUGUUACUUUUUGAAUUUUGUCUUUAUUAUUUUGGUGUAUUUCUAUGAAAUUCUAAACAUAUAUUAUCUUUAGGUAGCAUUAGUAAGAUUCAGGUAUGCUGUGUAUUUUGUUACAUUUAUGUUUUCCGUUAGUGGCUAGUCAGAAAUCUUGAACUGCAUCUGACUAUGUAUUUAAAUGUUUGGAAAUACAAUAUCUCUCAGUUUAAAUAUAGCAUCUCAUUUUGGCAAGAUAAUUAUUUUAACUGACCUUUUCUUUGUCUUCUUAGAGUUAUUUCUGAAAUGUGCAUAGCCAGUCAUAAAAUACCUUAGUGUAAAUAGCCUAAUGUAAUUUAUUUCUAAUAAAUAAAUAGCUUAAUGAAAUGUAUUUCUAGUUUGAACUUAAUUGCCAAUUGGCUUGAUAUUAUUUUCCUUAGAAUUGUUGGAAGAGAGGAGAGGAGAAGGGAUCUACAGUUUUUAUUCGUACCACCUAAAUAGUGGACUGUUAUUUUGGACUCACUUUUAAAUAAAAUAUUUAUUCAUAUGAAGAAAUAAAUUUUGUGUUUAUUAGUUUAGCCAUAAUUUAUGAUCUUUGAAGUAAUUGGAAUUUCAUUAAAAAGUGAAGCAAGUAAGAAUUGUGAUACAAGUAUGAAAAUUUUUUUAAUGGAAAUUUUAGUAUGACUUAGGAACCAUGGGAUUUUAGAAAAAACAUUUAACAUGGGGGUUAAGAUUUUCAUACUUGGUUGUGGCUCUGGGAUCAAUAAGGCAAAUGGUUUAGUCUUUAGUCUUUAUUUCAAAUGAGAAUAGUAUUUGUCCUAACCCUAGUCAGCAUCUGGUUGUUAUGUGUAUAACCUUAUUUUAAAAAUGAUUCAUCCCUGCCAUAUGUUCAUAAUAUUUAUAUGUCAUGUGAUAAAUAUUGAGUAAAUAUACACUGAAUUAAGUUUUCAUAUAGAGCGAAGUGAAUAGAAAAAAUAUCCUAUAUAACCAUAGCUAAUUUUAGAAAGUAAAUCAUGUUUCAUAGAGUCAUCCUAAACAUUUUUCUGUGUAAUUUUCUGACCCAGUGUUAAAUUUUUCUUUUUGCUUUAGUGCAAGCUUGUUCAACCCACAGGCCGUAUGUGGCCCAGGACAGCUUUGAAUGCACCCCAACACAAAUUUGUAAACUUUCUAUAAUGAGUUUUUUUUGUGAUUUUUGUUUGUUUGUUUUUUUGCUCAUCAGCUAUCGUUAGUGUAUUUUAUAUGUGGCCCAAGACAGUUCUUCUAAUGUGGCUCAGGGAAGCCAAAAGAUGAGGCAUCCCAGCUAGCAUUUAAUGCUUAUACAUUUAUUUACUUGUAAAUAUGGUAUUUCUUUGAUAGGGUAUGUUUUCACCAUAAUUAAUGUUUAUUUAAAUGAAGAAAAAUAACCUUCAACCAGUAACAGAUUAUAAGACUUUAAACGUUAAGUUUCUUUAAUAUGGUAUAAUUUCAAAAUAAUUGCUUUUUAUUUAAAAUAAGAAAAAUCAGUAACCUUCAACCGAUAACAGGUUAAAGACUUUAAAAAGAAAUUUCAACUAAUUACAAAUACUUUGUUUUAUUUAGUUGGGCUACAUUUUACUACUCUAGGAAUAGCUGUUAGUUAUCUUUUAUAUAGGUUAUUUUUAUGUGUUUAAUGUUGACAACAAACAUUUCCAAUACACAAAAACUUGCAUAACUGAGAAAAUUAUAAUAAAAAUAGAUAGAUGAGGAUAUAUUUUUGACAUAUAUCCAUGAGCCAACACUAAAUCAUUUGAGAUUUGAAAAUUAUUUCUAGGGUAAGACAUUUUGCCACAAUAUAAUAUCUGUAUAUUGUGCUUUUUAUAAGAGAGAAAUUUUUGAUGAAUUUAAUAUUAAUUAAAUUUUAGCUCAGUCUAUCACUAUCAAACCAAAAGAAUAGUAUUUUUCCAACAAGUAAAAGAAAAUACCUGUAUAUGUAUUCAUAUAUAAAAAUUUGUGUAUAUGUAAUAUGUGUACAAAUAUAUAUAUAUAAUUUCUUCUUCUUCUUUUUUUUUUUGUAAGAAUAAAGACAGGGUCUCACUAUGUUGUAUGGGCUGGUCUCAAACUCCUGGCCUCAAGUGAUCCUCCCACCUUGGCCUCCCAGAGUGCUGGGAUUUACAGGCAUGAGCCACUGUGCCCAGCUUCCAACAAGAAAAAUAUUAAAUGUGGUUUUUUUUCGCAGUGAAACUUGAUCAGUUCACUUUUGUUGAACCAUAUAUGUGUGUAUAUGGCACAUAUAAGAUGAAAAAGAAAGGGAGGAAAAGUAAUAAUAAUGAUAGGCUGCUCUCAUGCAUUGAACACUUAUAAUGCUUUAGGUAUUAUACUGGCUCAUUUGCAAAUACUGUCUCAUUUGAUGCUACAUUUAUAUUUUUAUAAGGUAGAUGUUGAUUUCUAUUUCACCACUGAAGAAACUAAUUGUCAGGCAGAUCAGGUGACUUGCCCAAAUUCUACACUGUCACCAAAUGAACAUAGAUUGAUAUGACUCCCAAGCCUGUGAGUUUCUAUCAUAUUCUGCCUCAUAUAUGAAAAGUUUUUUAAAACUUUUUAUUAUUUUUUAAUUGAAGUAGAAUAUGGAGAGAGAGGUGAUAAUCUAUGUUGGCUAUCUGCAUUAUCCAGACCAUUCAUGACAUGUUAUUUUUGUACUGGAUAUAGUCAUUUUUUAAAAUGCUACAAACUGUUAAAAGGAGCAUGAACAACAUGAUAACUGCUUAUAAUUUUGUUGUAAGAUAAAUGGCUAAAAUUAUGUGGGAUGUUUAAUUUGGAUGAGCAGAGAUUCUAAAACUUGAUAAGCUCUCCUAAGGAAUAAUUAUUUGAAAGAUUGGACUUAAUUUUGUAUUGCCUGAAGUGUAAAUCAGAGGUCAACAAUUAGAUUUCAAAUCAUGAAAAGCAUACAUUUUCUAAUUGUUUAGUCUUUUUAGAGAAACAAAUGCAGAAAAAAGUAAGAGUCUUAUUCAUUGUAUAUAAGAUUUCUGUUUAUCAAAGAUGCUUAAGAAGAGUUGGAUAAAAAGUAGGUAAAAUGCCUUUUAAAGGUCUGACAUCUUUAAAGCUCUGUGAUUUUUAAAUUCUUAAUUUUGUUACAGCUAAUUUUUUAAAAUUAAUUUCUGAGUCGUGGUCAAGUAUUUCUGGUGACUUGCAUGCUAUCUUUGGUAUGUUUUAAGUUUCUAAACCAAAACUACUAUUUAACUCUAUUACCUUGUUUUAGAAACACAUUUGAGAUAUACAAGUUAGUAAAAGAUAUUUUAGCUAUGAUAUUUUGGAGCACUGGCAAUAUAGCCUUUAACUUAUUUUAUAUUUUUAUCCCUCUGUAUUAGGGAAAGUAAUGUACUUCCAUUUGAAAACUUUUCCCCCAGUGAUAAAAAAGGCUGAGCACUAUCUGUAAAAAUUUUUAAUGUGUCCACUAGAUGGAGAUAACUGUGCUACAUUUUCAAGUGUUGUAAUUAAACUACUAUUAGUCUGAAUUAAACUCUCUUAUAGUGUUUUAUUGUUUUUAACCACAAACAUUUGUAAUCAUUUAUAUCUGUUUAUCAUAAUGUUAUUCAAAUGCUUCCUGGAUUGUAUGAAGCUAAGGUAAAUGAAAAAAAAACCCUCAUUUUUGUGUUUUGUAAUCAUAUAUUAGGUGAUUUAACCUAAUAUGUCUUCCCAUAGAAUAUAGUCAGGAUCUUUUCAUAUGCCAUACUUCAUUCAUAUGACAUAGUCAGAAUCUUUUCCCACAAAUAAUGAGUGAUGAUGUCUCAUUUGAAAAUUCAUGUAACAUUGUAUCAGCCUCUGUUUCAAAGUGAUUUACCCAUGUUAUUCUCAUAACAGCUCUAUGAGAUCAGUACUGUACACAUGGGGAAACUUAGUAAAGAGACAUGAAGUAUUUUUCCCAAGAUUACAAAAUAACUGGCUGAGCUGGAAUUCAUAACCAGGCAGUCUGACUCCAAAAUCCAUAUUCUUAACUCUCUUGAUAUGGUGGAGAAAGGCAUGAAGUCUACCUUGAAAUUCAUGGCAUUUUAGAAAGAAAAAUUGUCACAAAUAAUGUGAUUAUACUUCCUUGUUUUAUAGGUCAGAAAAAUGAAGUCUACAUUUAUUUUGCCUCUUCCACAGGGAGAUAGACUCUUAUCUUCCAUUGUGUCUUUCAUUUCUGUUUUUGUCAUCAUACCUCAAAUUGAUAUGUGUUGUAAAUAUGAAUUUAAGGAAGUAAAAAACAAAAUAGGUCUGGAGCCUUCAGCUGUGUUAAUAUACAUUGAAAUAAAGACCUUUGUUUUAAUAAGAAUGACUCCAGUUACCAAAUGGAGAAAUAGUUGUUUGAAAAUUAAUAUUUAGUUUCUCAAAAGACACUCCUAUUUGGAAGCAAAUUUUGGUUAAACAUGGCAUACUUUCAAUUAUUGAAAAAUUCUGGGUGGAAUAACAAUCUCUUAUUUUUAAGAAUAUAAAUAUAUGUUUUAUAUAAUUUUAAGUUAUGUAUUUUAUUAGAAGAUACCAUUCUCUAAAAUGGAAAUCUUGGACUUCUAAAACUCAUUUGUGAGUUUAUGUCAUUUAAAACUGCUUUUUCAGUCAACUUAUUCUUUAUAAAAAAAGUUUGUUCAAAUAGCAUGCUUUUAUUGCGUUUGUAAAUAAAUUCAUGUUUGAUAAUA